AAGCCAUCCAGUUCCUGACCCACCCAUACCCUUCUCUCUACCUCAGACCCAAAAGUUCUCCUCCCUCUUCCCUCAUCUCUGCCUCCGUUUCUAUACAGUCUUUUCCUCUCUGCAUUCCCUAAUUUUUUCUACAAAGGGUUCAUUCAAAUAUGAAUUAUUGACUCUGAUUAUCUGAUUUGGUGUUGAUUGUGGGUUUUCUUUCUUUUUUCCUCACAAUCCACCCAUCUUUUGGUUUCCUUCUUCAAAAAUCCGUAUGAGGAGAGGAAGAGCCGCCGCCGCCACCGCCGCUGCAACUAAAGAAGUAGGGGAACCAAAUGGAUCUGCUCCUCAGAAUAUUGUAAAGGGGAAAGAACCCAGAUACAGGGGUGUCCGGAAAAGACCAUGGGGCAAAUUUGCCGCCGAGAUCAGAGAUCCCUGGAAAAAGACUAGGGUCUGGCUUGGCACCUUCGACUCUGCGGAGGGCGCAGCCCGAGCCUACGACGCCGCUGCCCUUUCCCUCCGUGGACCUAAGGCCAAAACCAACUUUGUUGUUUCGUCUUCUCAUUUAUCUCCUUUGACAUACCAAACUCCCACGGACCCUUUUAUGGAUUACAGAUUAUAUCCAUCAAAUAGGUUUGAUGAGCAUCACGUAAAUCCCCAGAGACCCACAUCUAGCAGUCAGAGCAGCACGGUGGAGUCAUUCAGUGGUCCCAGGCCGCCUGCGACAACAACAGCAACAAAGAAAUCAGGGCUUUUGUUGGCAAAGACUGCCCCGAAGAAAACCCAUCGUCGGACUCAACCAAUGUUGCCGGACGAUUGUCACAGCGACUGUGAUUCAUCUUCUUCGGUGGUUGAUGAUGGAGAUAUUGCAUCAUCAUCGUCCUUGUGCUGCCGAAAGCCCUUACCUUUCGAUCUGAAUUUUCCACCGUCGGAUCAGGUUGACUUUGUCAUGGACGAUCCCCACUGUACUACUCUAUGCCUUUGAUGAUGAUGAUUAGAAAGGAAACUCAAUUUUUUUUAAACAUUAUUGUGCGGAUUGAAGAAAAAAAAAUCAGAUUAGGUUAAGAUAAACUUAUCUUAAUCUGUAUUGAGUAUGCACGUAUUAUGUUUUUCAUGAUGAUCUUAUUGGUCAGAUUAUGGUGGAUUAUUAAGCUACUGUUUACAGAUCCAUCUUUGUAAAUUUUCUUAUUUUCUUUAAUAGAAAGACUUCUACUGCUAAUA